AUGAUCCCCGGGUUCCACCCUGGAUGCCGCCGCCUCUCUCCCGCUGAUGGCUACCUUGAAGCUGUGCAGCAAGACAACAGCUCUAUAAAUUGGUCACCUAUCGAAACUAUCACAGAGAAGGGAAUUCUCACAGAAGAUGGGAAGGAAGAAGAAUUCGACAUGAUUGUCUGCGCAACAGGUUUUGAUACGUCGUUCAUCCCCCUUUGGAAAUUGGUGGGACUCGACGGAGCAACACUGGACAAGCGAUGGGAAGUCAACCCCGAUGCAUUCUUCUCAGUUCAAGUCGACUCGAUGCCGAACUAUUUCAUGUACAAUGGACCCAAUGCAGUCAUCUCACAUGGUUCGAUUCUGACUCAAGUAUCCUGGACAAGCGACUACAUCCUCCGAUGGGCCAAGAAAAUCGCCGAACAAGAUAUCAAGUCCGUCGCGCCGAAAGCCAAGUCUGUGGCUGACUUCAAUGCUUACUCACAGGAGUUCCUCAAGCGAACUGUAUGGGGGAACCGAUGCCGAUCCUGGUACAAAAAUGGAAAGGAAAGUGGAAUUGUAACUGGUACUUAUGCUGGCUCGAUUCUACACUUCAAAGAUGUGUUGGAUAAUAUUGGUCAUGAACAUUUCGACAUUGUGUCGAGAAGCAGUAAUUCGUUCAAAUGGCUUGGAAAUGGACAGAGUUUGCACGAUCAGGAUGGAUUUGGAGAGUUGGCUUACUACAUGAAUGAGGACGAAAUAGCAUGUUCGUCCAUCGAUUAG